AUGCAUUUUUACUUCAUUAUUUUCUCAACAAUCUUCGCGCUAUUGAUCAGCUAUCUACGCUACAAAUAUCAAUAUUGGGAGCUGCUUGGCGUACCUCAGCUCAAGAUGAAUUAUUUUUUUGGAAACCUCUCCCGCAUAAAAACCAUACAUAAGACGGAACUUUUACACGAAGCGUAUCAGGAGUUUCGCGGUAAAGCAAAAUUGGUCGGCACAUACAUUUUCACCAAACCCAUAAUCAUUGCACUCGACUUAGACAUCGUGAAGUCCGUGCUAAUCAAAGAUUUCAAUAAAUUCACCGAUCGYUUCGAACAACGUAAGACAGUGGUCAACGUUGUUCAUCAGCAUCUAUUUCGUGUGGAAGGCACAAGGUGGCGUCCAUUGCGCACGAAACUCACACCGACUUUCACAUCGGCGAAAAUGAAGUAUAUGUUUCCCACGCUACUGACGGUGGCACAACAAUUGGGGGAGGCUUUCAGCAAACAGUUGACCAAAACAUCGAGUGAUGAAGUAGAAMUGCACGAUUUGAUGAGUCGCUUUACAACCGAUGUGAUUGGUCAUUGUGCCUUCGGUGUUGAAUGCAAUAGCUUGAACGAUCCGAAUGUGGUAUUUCGACGCAUAGGACAACGCAUUUUCUAUCCAGAUUUUGUAUCCRUACGUCUACGUACAUUUAUGYUGACAUAUCCCGCUAUCUUCAAAUAUCUGAAAUUUUUCGAUAUCAAAGAAGUUCCGUCAGACAUUGAAGAGUUCAUAUUGAAGCUGGUAUGUGAUACAGUGCGUUUGCGUGAAGAACAAAACAUACAGCGUAAUGACUUCAUAGAUUUAUUGAUUGAGUUGAAAAACUCCAAAGAUACGAAAGGCGUACCUCUAAUGGGUAUUGACGARAUGGCGGCACAAGUAUACAUCUUUUUUCUUGCUGGUUAUGAKACCAGUUCUAGUAAUUUGAGUUAUGGGCUGUAUGAAUUGGCGAAGAAUCCCCACGUGCAAGAGAAGGCGAGGGCGGAAAUUUUUAGAGUUUUAAAGAAACAUAAUGACGAGUUGACAUAUGAGGCUAUGAUGGAGAUGACAUAUUUGGAUCAAAUUAUAACWGAGGCUCUACGUAUGUAUCCAGCACUCRGUGCUCUCAAUCGCGUUUCAGUUGAUAAAUUCAAAGUACCUGACACAGAUAUCACACUUGAAAAGGGCACACAUAUCUACAUUCCUGUGAAAGAAAUACAUUAUGAUCCAGAUAUCUAUGAUAAUCYCAAGGAAUUUCGCCCGGAGCGCUUCCAUCCCGAUGAAGUGCAAAAGCGUCACCCACAGGCUUUUCUCGGUUUCGGUGAUGGGCCUCGUAAUUGYAUUGGUAUUCGCUUUGGACGUAUGCAAGUGCGCGUUGGCUUCAUAACUCUACUCAAAUCUUAUCGCUUCAGCUUAUCAGAGAGAACACCAACAGAAUUAGAAAUUUCUAAAUUUAGUAGAGUCCUUGUACCGCAUAGCAAAAUAUGGCUAAAGGCCGAAAAAUUAUAAAAAUAAAAAUCGUUGAAAUGUGAGGCUUGAAUAAAUCAUA